AUGGAUAAGAUCAAGGUACACACGAGCAGAAAGAUUGCAGCGCUCUCAGAUCUCCGAGCGAAGUUAGCAUCGCUGAAGGAAACGAUUGCAUCGUCACAAGACCAGAUUCGCAGUGAUCUCGCACUCAUCGGGUCAGAGAACAUUCGAUUCUUCACCUACGUCACUGUCGUGUUCCUUCCUCUUGAUUUCGUGACCAACCUCUUCAGCAUGAGCGCACCACCCAACAGCACACUGCUCAUCAACAUGAUAACCGUUGCUGUCGUGGCUGUGCUUGUCACGGUUUCUAUACUGCUGAACGCAAAGGCCAUAGGCAGCGUCUUCGAAGACAUCUACUCGAUGUUCAAACAGCGGUCACGAACUACAAUGCAAAACAGCUUCAUGAUCAAACACUCAAAGAGGGAUGGAAAGGACAGGGAAGUCAGAGCUCUACCAGACCCUCCCGGACAGACGACGGCGGCAACCACGAUAGCCAGGUGA